GUCUCCAGGCCGCGCUGCGCCAGUCUGCCAGCCCGGGCCAUGCCUCUGUUCUGGGCCCUGUUAGCCCUCGGCUGCCUGCGACUCGGCUCCGGUGUGGACCUCCAGCCCCAACUGGCCAGUGUGACUUUCGCCACCAACAAUCCCACCCUCACCACCGUGGCCUUGGAAAAGCCUCUCUGCAUGUUUGAUAGUUUGGCUGUCCUCCACGGCUCCUAUGAGGUCUACCUCUAUGUCCUGGUUGACUCAGUGAGCACCAGGAAUGCCUCUGUGCAGGACCUGGACAAGACCCCACUGAGUUCCACAUUCCAGCAGACGGAAGGAGGGCGGACUGGGCCCUACAAGGCCUCUGCCUUUGACCUGGCCCCCUGCAGUGACCUGCCCAGCUUUGAUGCUGUCAGCGAUGUGUCCCGGGUCCCGGAGAUACUGAAUGCGUACCUCAUCAGGGUGGGUGCCAAUGGGUCCUGCCUGUCAGACCCCAACUUCAGGGGCCUCUGCAACCCACCCCUGUCGGCGGCUACAGAAUACAGGUUCAAGUACGUGCUGGUCAAUAUGUCUACAGGUUUGGUAGAUGACCAGACCCUAUGGUCCGACUCCAUCCGCACCAACCAGCCCACCCCUUACUCAGCCAUCGACACGUGGCCUGGCCGGAGGAGCGGGGGCAUGAUUGUCAUCACGUCCAUCCUGGGCUCUCUGCCCUUCUUCCUGCUCGUGGCCUUUGCUGGAACCAUCAUCCUCAGCCUCGUGAACAUGAGUGAUUCUGACGGGGAAGUGACACACGACUCCCAGAUCACACAGGAGGCCAUCCCCAAGCCGCUGGGGACCUCUGAGCUUUCCUACACGUCUGUGAACAGGGCCACCCCCCUGGACAGGGCAGAAGUGUUUGCCAGCAAGCUUCAGGACUGAGCCCUGCACCAUCCUCACCUGGUAGCUUCUCCUUGCUGACCUAGCCCAGGGGGCUGUGGGCAGCUUGUGGUCAACCCCUGGCACAACCCUUCCCCACCCCUGACAUCCCCAAGGGGUAAAAAGGGCCUGUUGGACCAAUCACAGGGAAACUUUUAAUAAAAAUCUCCAAAGGUG